AUGGAGAAGAUACUUGAACGCUACGAGAGAGAGUCUUAUGCUGAGAGACAACCAGUUGCAACUGAUUUCGAUUCACAGGGGAACUGGACCCUGGAGUAUAACAGGCUCAAGGCAAAGGUUGAACUUCUACAAAGAAACCGCGGGCACUAUUUGGGGGAAGAUCUGGAAUCCUUGAGUCUCAAAGAACUACAAAACUUAGAGCAACAGAUUGAUAACGCCCUUAAACACAUUCGGGCAAGAAAAAAUCAUCUAAUGUGUCAGUCAAUUUCUGAGCUGCAGCGAAAGGAGAAGGCAAUUCAAGAGCAAAAUAACAUAUUAGUGAAGCAGGUGGCUUUCCUUUAUUGUCCAAUGACUCGCAAAUUUCAGUUUCAUUCUUUCCAAUGUGCACUAUAUGCAUUUCAUCUUGCUCAGCAAAUCAAGGAGAAGGAGAAGGAGAAGGAGAAAGCACUGGCACAGCCGGCACUCUGGGAUCAGCAAAAUCAUGGCCCUGAUGCUUCCUCAUUCCUUUUACCACAGCCGCCACUGCCUUGCUUAAACAUCGGGUAUCCAUCUCUUGCACUGCUAUAG